AGGAGGUCUGCUUUACGGAGAAAGAAUAUUUGAGAGUGAAAAAGGAGGAAGAGGAGGCUGUUAUUGUGAAAGAAGAGAACGAACGUUUUAGAGAGGAAGAGGAUGCUAUCUUAAUAAACGUGAAGGAGGAAGACGUUUUGAGAGUGAAAAAGGAGGAGACAGAAGUGCCGAUUGACACCAAUUUGACACAUCAAAGAGAAAGACCAGACUCAGAGGAACCAGAGCCAGGGACGUCCAAACCAGCAAGAAGACACCAGUGUUCCCACUGUGGAAAGGGUUGUAACCACUUAAAUGAGCUUAAACGACGUGAGAGAAUACACACAGGGGAGAAGCCUUACCACUGCUCCCAGUGUGGAAAGGGUUUUAACGAUUUGGGAAAGCUGAAACGACACGGGAGAAUACACACAGGGGAUACGCCUUACCACUGCUCCCAGUGUGGAAGGCGUUUUAACGAUUUGGGGAAGCUGGAACGACAUGAGAGAAUACACAGAGGGGAGAAGCCUUACCACUGCUCCCAGUGUGGAAAGGGUUGUAACGAUUUGGGGAAGCUGAAACGACAUGAGAGAAUACACACAGGGGAGAAGCCUUACCAUUGCUCCCACUGUGGAAAGCGUUUUAACGAUAUGGGCAAGGUGAAACGACAUGAGAGAAUACACACAGGGGAGAAGCCUUACCAUUGCUCCCACUGUGGAAAGUGUUUCAACCAGUUAGGGACCCUGAAACAGCACAAGGUAAUACACACAGGGGAAAAUCGUUACCACUGCUCCCAGUGUGGAAAGGGUUUUAACGAUUUGGGGAAGCUGAAACGACAUGAGAGAAUACACACAGGGGAGAAGCCUUACCAUUGCUCGCAAUGUGAAAAGAUGUAUAGCGAGAAAGGACACCUGAAAGCCCACGAGAAAAUUCACACAGGGGAGAAGCCUUACCAAUGCUCCCAGUGUGGAAAGUGUUUCACCUGGGCAGGGUAUCUGAAAAAACACGAAAGAAUACACACAGGGGAGAAGCCUUACCACUGCCUCCAGUGUGGCAAGUGUUUCAACGGGGAAGGGGAUCUGAAAAGACACGAAAGAAUACAUACAGGAGAGAAGCCUUACCACUGCUCCCGCUGUGUCAAGUGUUUUAACCAGUUAGGGGCCCUGAAACAGCACGAGAGAAUACACACAGGGGAGAAGCCUUACCACUGCUCCCAGUGUGGCAAGUGUUUCAACCAGUUAGGGACCCUGAAACAGCACAAGAUAAUACACACAGGGGAGAUGCAUUACCACUCCUCCCAGGAUGCAAAGCUUUUGCCCAUUUAGGAAGCCUGAAAUAACAUGAGACACAGAGGAGAAGGCUUACAGAAGGUUCGAUUUUGGGAAAACAUAUUACUCAUAACAAUCACUUCAACGUCAUUAGAGAAUCCACACAGGAGAGAGAAAUUACUUCUCUUAGCAUGUAUAUUGAUAUUUCACAUCUCAUUGACUCACAAUUCAUCAGAGAACAUACACAGUGCUCCCGUUGUCUUAUAUUGUUGCCUAUAAUGUGUUGACCUGUUUUUACCAGAUGAAAUUGCUUCUUCCAAUUAUUGAUAAACAUGUACCUGUUAAGAAACUGACUGUUAGAUAUGUUAAGGCUCCAUGGAUUGAUGAGGAAUUUAAAAACUGUAUGUUUGAAAGAGUUGGGGCAAAAGGAGUGGCUAAUAAGUAUGGCUGCACAUCUGGCUGGCUUACGUACUGCAAACUGAGAAAUUAUGUGACCAAACUCAAUCAAAAUAAUAAACUUAUUAAGAAGCCAAGAUCAAUGAUAUAAAGAAUGAUGGAAAAAAACAUCAUGAAAGAAAAGCAGUGCAAGUUUUGAAUUUUGUAAAGUUAGUGUGGGAGAGGUGGAACAAUUGUUAUCGAUCCAAUAAUGACAAACCUCCUGGCAUUGACAACUUAGAUGGAAAGCUACUGAGGACAGUAGCUGACUCUAUAGCCACUCCUAUCUGACAUAUUUUUAACAUGAGCCUAGAGGAAGGUCUUUGUUCUCAGGCCUGGAGGGAAGCCCAAUUAAUCCACUACCUAGUCAUGUAAGACUGGAACAUAGUAUCAACAGGAACUCUUAGUUCCCUUUAUCCAUCUGUUACCUAAAAUAUAGUUUCAACACACAGACAUCUGACUAUGUACAGUUGACCUUUUCAUGCACUUGCUAGGUGUCUACCACUGAUUCUUUAUCUCAAGCUAAAGCAAAACAUGAAUCAUUGUACUUUUGUCAUCACAGGUGUUCCUGUAAUGUACAGAUAUCAUCAAAGUUCUUCAAGUCAAAUUACACACAUCUCUGACACACACACUUAUCCCACCAGACAUGCCACCGGGGGUCUUUUCACAGUUCACAAGAUUCCAGAACAAAUUCAAGAAAGCGUAUAGUAUUAUAUAGGGCCCUUAUUGCAUGGAACUUCCUUCCAUCUCAUAUUGCUCAAAUAAACAGCAAACCUGGUUUCAAAAAACAGAUAAAGCAACACCUCUCCCCUAUUUGACCCAGGUAGUUUGUGUGUAUGCAUUGAUAUGGAGGCUACGUGUGCCUUUUGCUAAAUGUAUGUAGUUCUGUCCUUGAUCUGUUCUUGUCUAUUGAUGUUAUGUGUCAUGUUUUGCUAGCAACAUUAACUAAUGUCUAUUGUUACUCUCAAUGACCUUCCUGGCCUUAUGAAAUCCUAGCUAAAUACAAUGUUCCCACCCGUUUUCAUGUCUUUGGUUAUGCAAACAUUUGUUUACUAGAUUCUAUUUCUCAUUAAGAAUAAUGUUAUUUUAAUUCUAUAUGUGUCAUGCCUGGCAUUGGUCAUGUGUUCUCUUAUGGGUGUCACGUCCUGACCGUAGAUUGCUUUGUAUGUUUCUAUUUUUUGUUUGGUCAGGGUGUGAUGUGGGUGGGCAUUCUAUGUUUGUAUGUCUAGGUUUUUUUAUUUCAAUGUGUUGGCCUGGUAUGGUUCUCAAUCAGGGACAGCUGUCUUUCGUUGUCUCUGAUUGUAGUGGCUUCCUAUCCUCUUUACCAUAGCCACUGCCCAAGCCUGAAGCGGGGUUGUUUGGUACGCAUACAGUCCACACUCAAGGUUUCCAAACGGCCAAACAUUCAAUGACAUCCAGAGAUAUGGUGCAAAAUAAAUGUUUAUUCUUCUUAUAUCUAACAAAUAAAUGAUUCUCCAAUCAA